AUGUCGUUGGGAAAGUCUAGUAUUUGGAAUGAUAACGAAGGCGGAGAGGAUGAUGAAGUAGACAACAAUAACAACGAGGAUGGACGCCAAGCUGCUGGCGGGAAGAAGUCUAGUAUUCUCAAACCUACGCUUGUUGUGUCCACUGCCCAGGGACGUAGCUGGCACAGGAGAAGGGGUGCCAAUGCACACCCUUGCUUUGGGUUCAACAAAGGGAGAAUAGAUGUAUGUUGGAAAGAGCCCAUUAAAAUUAUAACUGAAUUUGUGGACUUGGACGUUUAG